AAGAUUUAGGCGCUGCAGCUGCCCAAUACCAUAAAUUCAAAGGAAAUGUUUUACCUGAGGCCCAACUAAUCCAUAUAAGUCUCUUUAUAAUCGCUUCAAACCUGACAAGAAUAGAUGAAAUUGAUAACAAACUUGUACUUCUUUCUGAUAAGAUCAUCUCUAUAAAAAAUGAAGUCCUUCAACAAUAUCAUAAUCAAGGAGAUAUUGAUUAUCAUCUUUCUAGACUCAAAUUCUUCACAGAGAUUCUUGACAAAGAUGAAGGAAAACCAACCAUGGAAAUCGUUAAUGAAUUAAUCCAAAAAGCAUCAAUGAAUACAGUUAUGAAUAAUCAGUGA